AUGCCAGGCUUCCCGGUACGCGGUGCUCCGGCGAGGCUGUGCGUGGGCCUCGCGUGUGUCCUGUCCCUUUGGAACACAGUGUCUGCUGUUAAAGAAGAAGCCAGGAAGGAAAACGUGAUGACCUUCUUACCUACAACCCAUUUACCUAAAUGGGCAGAAGUUAAGAAGGAAAAAGCUGGAGCUUUCCUCGGUGCAACAGAGCUGCCCGCGCGGUCGGUGGAUCUGUCGGCACUGAACCUGACGCAGGUGGUGAAUGGGAUGCUGAGCAGGGUUUUGAAAGAUAGCAAGAAAUUCUUCUCCCUGCUGAGCAUCACUUCCUACAGCUCCUUCGCCUUCCACAAGGUGUCCGUGGCCGUCUACAACAUUUCCCACCUGAGGACGGUGGACCCGGCCAGGUUCCCCACGCGGCACUGCUACUGCCUGAACAAUCGGACCAAUGACCUGUCAGAUUUCGCGGCCCUGCUGGUAGACUUCAUUGGGAACUCGACCAGCUACCUGACGGAGAUGUUUAAGUCGACCUCCAUCCUCUCAGUGAGUCAGACCAAUGCAUCCGACUGCAUCUUCGUCUGCGUGAUGACGGGCAAGGCGGGAAGGAACCUGUCUGACUUCUGGGAGGUGGCGGAGGAGUCUCCAGUUAUCAACUACACAUUCACCAGCAGCCUGUCUGGUGUCCCGGGUGCAGCUACCAGGGGGACAGCCGUGGCUUCCAACCUCCCACCCACAAACCAGCAAAUGCUGCCACGGACAAGCCCCCCACGCGUAGCCUGGAGCACCAGCGGGUCUGCUCUGAGAACCUCUCCCAGGACAGAGACAAUGCGUCCUUCCGAGGGAGAGCAGACCGUGAACACGGACAGGCUGCCCGAACUUCUCGCCAAGGCCACGGCCAUGCUGGGCAGCAUCUCUCCCACCCUCCCGGGCCUGGGAACCUUCACCCCUGGCACACAGACUCCAAGUCCGACCAAGGCCCCGGCCCCCAGGUACCCGCAGGCAGGUGAUCUCCUGUGGCCAUUUACCCCUGGAGAAGAGCCAGCCCUGAUCCUUGGACUCCACCAAGUUCAAGUUUCAAGGUGUCCUCAGCAGCUCCUCAGAGAGGGGGCCGUGACAGCUGUCCCUGUCACCCUGGCCGUCCAGAAGCUCAACCCUUGCCUGAUGGAGCUGUGCCGAUUUUUCCAGCAAUGCCUCUGCAUGAGCCCGAGGAGGGAGCCCAGGGCGCAGGCCAGGAGGUUCUGUCUCGAAUACUAUUCCUGGUUUCUGAAGAAUGCGACGUACAUCUGUCAGAGGGCGAACAGGGUGCCCCGCUCCCACACCUUAAAGCAAAGAUGCCUUGAGUCUAUCUGCCAGUCUGUGUGA